AGCCGGCGCGAGCGUCGCAGUUUACUCACACCUCACGAGCGGACUCACUCCACAGCUGGAGAGAGUGAGAGGGAAAAAAGCCGGUUACCGAUUCCACGUGUCUCCCGGAUCCAGUUUCGGUGUUAUUCAGCGUGUUUGUGUUGUUUUAAAAAAUGAGUUUUUCAAAGCUGCGUGGGAUAAAUCGAUCUGCGUCGUGACGGGGACAGUUUGGUGACGGGAUUAUUCCCACAAGUCUGAGGUCGCCGUACAGCCAGAUCUUCUCACAGCAUGGACAAGGCCCAUCUCGCCGGCACUAAUGACAUCAUAAUGACGAGCUCCACAGGCCCUUAUCAGCAGGAACCCCUGACGCCGCCCAGGCCCACCCAUCUGCACUCCUCUUCCUCCUCCUUAUCCUCGCCCUCUCCUUCCUCUUCCUCCUCGCCCCUCAAACCCAACCAGGUGGGUCAGGUCAUCCUGUACGGCGUCCCCAUCGUGUCGCUGGUCAUUGACAACAACGAGAGACUUUGCCUGGCACAGAUUUCCAACACGCUCCUCAAGAACUACAGCUAUAAUGAGAUCCAUAACCGCCGCGUGGCGCUGGGCAUCACCUGCGUCCAGUGCACCCCGGUGCAGCUGGAGAUCCUCCGCCGGGCUGGAGCCAUGCCCAUCUCGUCGCGACGCUGCGGCAUGAUCACCAAGCGUGAAGCCGAGCGCCUCUGCAAGUCCUUCCUGGGAGAGAACGCGCCGCCCAAACUGCCCGACAACUUCGCCUUCGACGUGACGCACGAGUGCGCCUGGGGUUGCCGUGGUAACUUCAUCCCGGCGCGCUACAACAGCUCCAGGGCCAAAUGCAUCAAGUGCUCCUUCUGCAACAUGUACUUCUCCCCAAACAAGUUCAUUUUCCACUCCCACCGCACGCCAGACGCCAAGUACACCCAGCCCGACGCCGCCAACUUCAACUCCUGGCGACGACACCUCAAACUCUCCGACAAACACCCGCCUGAUGAGCUGGUCUACGCGUGGGAGGAUGUCAAAGCUAUGUUCAACGGAGGCAGCCGAAAGAGAGCGCUGCCCUCCUCUCCUCACUGCUCCUCCAUGGGUGCUAUGAAGAAUCUGUCGGGUUCGGUGGUGCCUCACAUGAUGGGACCCGAUCUGGGCGCUCAGAAAAGAUCCCGCUUCGAAGACGACGACGAUCUAGACGGAGACAGUCUGUCUCCCCGUAAGACCCCACGUAGCUACCCUGUCAUCCCCGUCCCAAGCAAAGGCUUCGGCAUGCUGCAGAAGUUCCCUCCCACAUCACUCUUUCCUUCCCCGUAUCCCUUCCCAGCGUUCGGCCUGUGCCAGCAGAAGAAAGAGGACAGUGAUGUUGCAGCUGGUCAGAAAGGACCAGGGCUGUCUGGUCUUUUAUGGCCCGGCCGCAAAGACACUUUCUAUCCUCCUUUCUGCAUGUUUUGGCCGCCGAGAGCAGCAGGAGGAAUCCCAGUUCCGACCUACCUCCAGCCUCAGCCCAGCAGCCUCUCCUCCCUGGCAGACAACCCCUCCCUCCGGCAGGCCUUCCUGGACCUGUCAGACCCCAGUGAAUCUGCAGCCGUAAGUAGCAAUGGAAACGGUGUCAGUUCAACUAUUGCCUCCAACAACGGGACGGCCACACAGAGAUCUGGGCUUUUUGACCCAGAGUGCACAACAAUUACCCCUGACCUCCGCCCUGUGACAUCAGAGGGGUGGCUCAAGCUGCUGGACACCCCGACCCUCCAGACAAGGAAGCCAAGCUAUGGCUCCGCUUUCCGUCCCGUCAUUAAAGAUGCAGAGAGCAUCGCCAAGCUCCACGGCAACGGUGGAGGAGUCGCCGGGGCAACAGAGGAGGACUUUGGGGCUGUGGUUGCUGGGUCGGACCGACACCAGCGGCUAUCGCCCACUAGCAGCUGUAGCUACGGAAGUGAAAGCGGAGGCGACGGAGAAGCAGAAGGAGGAGAGAGCGAAGAGGAGGGGGAGGUGGACGUGGAGUCGUCGAAGCAGGAGGAUGAGGAGGAGGAGGGGAGCUUCAGCAGCAGGCCACCACAGACUCAAACCAACCUGUACCUCCCAGCGCUGAGCGACAGCGCCGGAGAGGAGAGGGGGAAGGACAGAGGGAGUGGCGCCAUGUAUCCCAGCACCUCCCCUCGAUCCUCCUCAGAUCCCGUCCACCAGGACUCCCCUAGCCUGCCCGCCUCCCCCCCUGCCAGCCUGCCUCUCUCCAGCUCCACCCCUCCUCACCGAGAGGACACAGCUUACAAAAACGUUCACAAAAACAGAGACGAAGGAUUACCUGCAUAUGCAACCAAAGACAAUUCCAGCAUUUCUGAUGAAAACAAAGAGCAGAAUAGUUUCUUUGUGGCGGAGAGUGAGACGUCAGCGCCGGACUACUGGAGGGAGAGCUCAGGCGAUCAAAGCCAAGGUGCUGCAUCUCCUGUACCACUGAAGAAGGAUGUGGAAAACAUGGAGAAAGAGGAGCUUCAGAAGGUUCUUCUGGAGCAGAUCGACUUCAGGAGGAGGCUGGAGCAGGAGUUUCACGCUCUGAAGGGCACCUCACCGUUUCCUGUCUUCCAUAAUUUUCAAGAUCAGAUGAAACGAGAGCUCGCCUACAGAGAGGAGAUGGUCCAGCAGCUACAGAUGAUUCCCUACGCAAACAUCAUCAGAAAAGAAAAAAUCAGCUCCCAUCUCAACAAGUAGCUAAAGGCUGAGUCAACAGAAUCAGGAGGCUGGUAGAGGCUGCUUUUGUGAAUGUCCUCUUUUGGUUUUGUUUUUAAGAGACAUGAAAAGAGACAGAAGCAUAGCAGAGACAGAGCAUAGCAUACAUUUCCUGUUUUUCCUGGACAGCGGUCGUUUGACUCCGUCUUCUCCUCCGUUAACUCUCCGUCUGUUAAGAACUCACUGCUUUGGGGUAACACACUGGUAAAGACUCACAACUGUUCCAUUUGUUCAAGUUUCUUUCCCCAAACCGACUGAAGUGAACACAGCUGAAACUCUGUCGUCACUCGUGUGUCGAAGCUUUAUCCAAGCAGGACCAAAGCAAACCGGGCCUUUGCUGCCCUCUGGGAACUUUCCAGGGCUGAAGACCACCAGGAAGAUGUGAGAUUCCCAACUGUACAUAAAGACGUUGAGUGAGGACCGACUUCACACUGAAACUUCUGUUGUUGUUGUUGCUCUGGUUUCACCAAACGGGGACCUUUAAAAAGAAAGGAACAAGUUUAGUUUAUCCUCGACUUCUAAUCCCAAAGGGGUUCUUCUCAUCAGCUGUAAACACAAACGAUAGAUACAAACUUGGUCUGUCAGAUGAAGAGCAAAACAUUUAGGAAAACACCACCACAAUACGAGCAGUAUUGAUGUUCUGGGUUGUAAACCUGAUGGAAAGGAAUCACAGAAAUGUACACUAAGAAUUUGUACCCUUAGGUGCAGGAUUUGGGAGUGAUUUCUUCAUGUAUUAAACCUACAAUAUUCUCUGCUAUGUAACAUCUGGUGGUAUAUUUUCUACCCCAACAUUCUAACGUGAACUUCACAUCAAACGGACCAGCUAGAGUUGAAAUCAUUUAUUUAAAUUCACACCGACAGUAUUUUUUCCACAUUCAAUCUGCCUUUGGGUUUUAAUAGAUGGUGAACAGAAAAUCUUUGCUUUCUUUACAAAAGAAUGAUCCAGGCAACAAGGAGCAGAAGACAGAAGUCUGUCCCUGUUAUGUAUUUACCUGUAAAUGAUUCCACCUGACUGUAUAAAACAUCAUCCAUGAGAAUAUCCAGCUCACAGUCAGUCUAUAUGUGUUUGUUUGUUUAUUUAUUUCAAUCCCCUGAUUGUGAAAAUACUAUUUAUUAUAAUCUUAAAUGAAAAAGAGAGAAACAGUGAUGAUGAUGAUGAUGAUGAUGGUGCAGUCACGUGUAUGUUAAAAAAUAAAAAUAAAAACUCA